UCCGGAAACCAAAAUUCACUCACUCACUCUCAUGUAUUGUACAAUACGAAAGAGUAAUCGUGAGUGCGGAUGAAGAAUGCUCUUGGUAUUUCUAUACCAACAAAAUUUCCACCAUUCGUGAUCAAGUGUUUAACAUGAGCGGUCAGUAUUCGGUUCCUACGUGUGUUUCUAUAUAAAUAUAGAAAAAAAUAGUGAAUAUUCCCAAAAACUACUACUUGGUGAACCAUAUGAGAAAUAGAAAAUAACUUCAUUCUUUUGUCGGAAGCUCAUAUGCCAAUGACAUAAGAAAGGAAGUACUUAUUGCAGACGUCUGCCAUUACUAGAUUUGCCUUGAAGUAACGUUAUUGGUGUAUAUACAGUGAAUGUGUUUGUGCAUAUGGCAGCAGGCCAGUUGUGAAGAGCCACUCGUCUAUAGUUUCCCAAUACCUGAGGAGCGUUUCCGACAGAUGACAGACGAGCAAGAAAAACAAGUCUAAUAAUUCUAUAUGUAAUACACAUAUGAGAAAAAGUUUGAGUGCGGUUUGAGCAAAUUCUGUGAAAUGUUAUGUAGUGAAAAAAUAUCCUAUAUAAGUAAUAUUCAGGAACAUUCUUUGGAUUCGGAAAAGAACUACUUGAAAGUGAAUCAUUCUAUCGAUUUUGGAUACUUAUAAUACUUUGAAGUGCUCUACGUAAGUGAUUGCUUGUAAUGUGUUUUCGCAUUAUUUACAUCUGCAACACGAGCGAGAGAAAUCAUAACAAAAGAUCGACAGCAAAAACACAUUGAGUAAAACGAAACACAGGUACGCGAAAGGCACGAAUGAAGCCAAGUUGAAUUGUCUGUCUGUAUCGAAUUUCAUCUACAAACAGAGGCAGUGUAAUUUCCGUAGCUUACAGAGAGAGGUCGGCGUGAGAGAGAGUUUUCUUCAAACUUGAUUCAUUCAUGAGAGUGAGUGCUAUUCAUUCAUUUCCUCAGACGAGACGAGUUCUGAGAGUUGCCCUAUUCGAUCCUGUUUUGCUCAAUUGCUGAGCAUCAACUCCUGGAGAGUAAAAAAAGAUAUGAUGUUGGAGGAAAUCCAUCCGGAGAAAUAGUCCCCUACACGCAGUUGAAGGAUGUACGGAUAUAUCAGUUCACUGUGGAGUGGAGUUUGAUUUCAUUGCAUUGAAUACGGAUCGUGUCACGUGAAUAUAUAGCUGCUGCUGUACAUCCAAAUUCUCACACCAUAUUACGUUUAAUCUACUCUACUCAUAUAUAGUCCAAAUCGCGAUUAUGAAGGUUUGAAAGUAUCACAGUUGUUCUGACAUUAAAUAUUUCUCACACAGAGUGAGAAACUGUUAUCUGAGAGAGAACUUAAAAUGCUUUGCUGUGACAAGCCGAGCACCAGCAGAGCGUGCUGCAUUCGAAACCCCAAUGUUAUCUUAUCCAGGACAUCCAAUGGACCGGUUCGAGAGCCAGACAGUUUGCUCGAUAUCACGGCUAGAAUUGUUGCCCAGAAUGAACCAUUCCAAAGGAUCGAGGAACGCUACGACCGUAUACCCGAGCCGGUGCAAAGAAGAAUUAUUUUCUGGUCGUUUCCUCGCAAUGAGAAGGAUAUCUGCAUGUACAGCUCCCUAUCUAGGGUUUCAUCAAUCAAUUCGGUAGAGCCACAAAGUCUUAGCUUUUGUGCUGGCCUCAAAUUGGUCGAGUCAGGAUGCGUGGAAAAUGUUCUUCAGGUGGGAUUUCACCUCAGCGGCAUAGUCUGGACUUAUCCACCGAACCAAAACCACCGUCAAUCCUUAGUGCCAGCACCAGGGACAUCGAAUAACCGAAAUGACUUUGGGUACCAAUAUUCUCACAUCAAUAACAACCAUCAGCAUAACAAUUACCUAGGAAACAAUAAUCACCAUCAUAAUCCACACAAUCAUCGACCUUUAACACCUCCGCCCUUACAUCAAGCGCCAUUACCGCCAGGACCACCUAUCCCACCUGGUGGGAUGGGUAUUGCAGUUCCAGUUGUGAUUCCUCCUCCGCCAGGAAUCGCUCAACCAGUGCUGCAACAGUAUAACAACAAUCCAAACAUUGAUCGCGAUGGAUUUAACAAUGCACAAUCCUCAUCAGCUGCUGGCCACAUGGAGGAAAACAAAAAGUUCAAGGUGUCGGUUAGCUUCGAUCGAUGCAAAAUAACGUCGGUGACAUGUAGCUGCGACACGAAAGAUAUUUUCUGGUGUCAUCACGUUGUUGCACUCGCUCUGUACAGAAUACGUAAUGCAGAAACAGUAAAACUAAGAGUUCCUAUUUCAGAGACACUUUUACAAAUGAAUCGUCAACAGCUGCAAAAAUUUAUCCAGUAUUUGAUCUCAGAACAUCAUACCGAAGUUUUGCCAACAGCGCAACGGCUGGCCGACGAAAUACUGCAGCAGAGGUCGGAAAUCAAUUCGAUAUGCGGCGCUCCAGAUCCAACCGCGGGCGCAUCCAAGGACGAUGAUCAUUCAUGGCAUUUAGAUGAAACCCAAGUUUGUGAAGCCGUAAAAACGUACCUUGGCCAAGGUAGUUACUACUAUAGCAGCAAACACUUGAAUUCAUUGUUUGGGAAGGUACGCGAGAUGUUACGCGCCCAGGAUUCAAAUGGUGCCAGAAUGCUCACAUUGAUAACAGAACAGUUCCUAAAUGAUCCUCGGUUAGUAAUAUGGAAAAAUCAUGGAACCCCUAUGACGGAAAAAUGUAGACAGCUCUGGGAUCAACUAGGUGCACUGUGGGUGUGUAUUGUACUGAAUCCAAAAUCUACACAACUUGAGCGAUUACAUUGGAAGACCCUGUUAGAAAAGUGGUCUAAAAGUGAAGUUUGUCCACAGGAAGAUCCCGACUUGCGUACUUCUACUCGAGAGAAUAUUCGCGAGCGUUCAAACCGGGAACGAGAACGAGACAGAAAUCGUUUUUUUCGAGAAAAUAAUCUUAGAAACAUGAUGUAUUACAACCAAAAUAACAUCAUCCCGAAUGAUCACCAUCGUCGUAAUUAUAACGACCCAAAUCUGAAUGGGCAGAAUGGGGGAGGACAUAACAAUGGCCAAAAUGAUAAUUAUGACAGUUCCGAAUCAGACACAGAUUCUGAUGAAGAAAUGGAAGAAAAUAAUGAUGCGGAAAAUGGCGGAAAUAUUGAAAAUGACAACCAAAACGCUCCUAUAGAACAGAAUCGAGUUGCUAUGGAAGACGACGUUGACCAGGUCCAUAAUAUCCUACAAGACAUUAGCUUCGGGGUCAAUGAUAAUCCUAACAAGCAAGAAGACAAUGAAUUUUUGAACCUUAAUCUAUUGAAUGAUAACAGUAGCCUUAACCCAAUUCUUCCUGAAAAUGACGAUAGUUCCCGGGAAUCGAUGGAAGCUGACAAUGACAACCCCAUUGCUGGACCGAGUAGAGUUACUUCAACAAAAUCGGGCAAGACGGAUCCUUUUUUCAACGGAAAUCCGUGUAUUUGUGGAGAGGAAAAAUGUGAAUGCAAUCGUCCAAUGUUUUUCGAUGAAAUUAAACCUAGCAAAUUUUUUGAUUGUGAAGCACCAAGCUUCAUGGAUACCGAUGACGCUAAUCAAGGCUGUGAGUCGCUAAAAUUGAACGAACAUAUAAUAUCGUCUGUUGAAAUUGACGGUGGUGAAGAUAAAAUUGAUAAAAACUGUGAUAUUUUAGCAAAGCAAAAUUUAAAUUCAUUCGAAGAUUUGGCAGUUCCGGGGCCAUCGGGGCUUUCAAGAAUGCCGAUAUCAUCAUCGAUUUCUGAUACUCCGUCAACGUCUACGUCUACAACAGAUGAUUGCAAAUGCCAUAGCGAAGAUGAUAAUGCGAAAGAAUCUGCCAAUACCGUUAGCAACAACAGUAGCAGUAGCGAUACUACAGUCCACACCAAUAGUGAAGAGAAAACGGAAAAAUCGGAAAUUUCCAAUCAGGGUGAGCAAGUAAUUGAGGAAAAGACAGUUUCUGUUCCACGUAAUGAUGAACCAAACAAAGUAAACCAAAUUGAAGCGGAAGCAGAAGAACCUCAACCUGGGCCAUCGAGGAUUUCUGAUUGUGGUAAUAAACGCCCGCAGGCGCUUGCAAACGAUCGCAUGAUCGACAACAACGGCAGACCAUGCAAACGGUUGAAACUUAACAAUGGAAAUUGGGUUGGCAAGAAUGCCAAUAAAACCCCUCGCACAAUUUUCCACAAAGCCUUAGAUGCUGUCAACAUGACAUGGGAUAACGAUCAUCUGAAAUUCAUUCUUGAAUCGGAUAGUUAUCGUUUAUCGAGUCAAAAUUCCGUGCAGAUAGCUGGAUCCAGCAAAUCAACGAGUAAUAGCCCCAGUUUGAAGUCUAAUUUCAACUCUCUAGGCCAACCGUUGUGGCACGAAAAGAUAUCAAUGACUGCAGCACGCAUCGAUUCACUUCGUUCUCAUGGUCAUACAGAAGCCGCGCUGAGACUAUCGGUAAGUGUAGUUAGAACAAUGCGGGAGAUUCAACGAGAUGCUCAAGCACUCUGGCAUCGUAAUAAACCAAAGAUUGCAAACAUUAAACAACCGGAACCUGUUUGCAACUGCCAGAGCAACAAGUCGGAAGACAAGUGUACACCUUCUGCACCGUCGAAUAGGAAAGAAUUAAGUACGUUACAAACGCCUCCGGAACCUGUGCCUGGGCCAUCAUCCGGAGUAUCUACGGGCAGCAAUAGAAUACAUUGUCAGUGCCCUGUACAUCAAAGCCAAAUGCAACAACAUCCACAACCUCAGCAACAGUUCCAGCAACACCCUCAAAUAAAGAAGGACUGUUCAAAAUGCUUACAAAUCAAGUGCUAUUAUGAAUCGGUAGGAUCUGCCGCUAAUAGCUCAAAUUCAUCUAAGCAUGCCUAUUACAACAAUAUGAUCCGAAACAAUCGGGGUGGAAUGAUGUGUCAUUCAUCCAAAUGUACUCCAUUCAUCCCUCCGCCCGCUGAAAUGUUUCGUGGUUCCCAACCACAUUGUAGUCGAGAUUUUCGCUAUAUGAAAUUCAAUAUGCCGCCGCCUCAUCACCCUCACUUGCAUCAUCACCAUCAUCAGUCACAACAAAGUGUACCUUCGAUUAUGGGAUCUCAACAGAACCCACACAAUGUUCCCCACAUGCACCAGCAAAAUCACGCAGCUUCUGCGUCAUCAGUAGUCAUACCUCAGCAACACGCUCCAGGUGAGCAUCCUCCGGGUAUGGCACCUAAGUGCAAUUGUGCGGUACAUAAUGAUGAACGAAAAGAAUCUGUUUCGGGACCGCCACCACCACCACCUGGGGUUCCUAGUAUCGGUCCAACAGUAAACGCAGCGGUACCUGUUUCCUCUUCUUCAUCAGCAAUAACACAAGCUCCGCAACAACCUCCACCGCCUCUAGCGCCUUAUAUCGCGCAAGACGUACUUCAAAACCAACAGAUACCAUGCUCACAACACGACAAAAACCAAUGCUGUAUCAAAAAUAUGUGUUGCAAAAUGGCAGCACAAGUCAAACCUCUAGAAAAGCAAUAUAACACAGCUCCAUCUACAUCGGCUGGCUCCUCAUCUUCUUCUCAAUUCAUGCAACCACCUGGACCUUGCAACUGUGGAAUGCAUCCCCAUCCUCACGGGUUAUACAACACGAUGUAUAAUUCAUCUAUACCCCACGGUAUGCCUCCACCUGGUUCAGGAUCGAGUUCAUCUCGUUGUGUACUAAACAUAUACGAUCGGCAUUCAUCUCAUUAUGGUGAUUGUGACAUGAAUGGACCUGGAUGUUCCUCUAAAUUCCCGUCUCGAACAUCGAACUCAGCCGCGGGAUCAAACACUCCAUGUAGUCGUGAAUUAGCAACAGCAGCACCCCCAUCAAAAUGUACUAUUGCUUCUGCACCCGCAUCUUCAUCUUCAUGCACUCCAAUCAAAAUUCAUCAACCAGAUUGUGCUGUCAACAAAAGAUGUACCGACACAAUCGGAAACAGCAGUAAUGGUGCCCAGCGGCUAAAAGGAAGCGCAACUAACAAUGGAAAUUGUCUCAAGGCUAUAUCUAUACUCGAUCCUAUCAAAAUAAAUCGGAAGCCAAAUUGUUUAUCGAAGUGUAUUGACUGCAGUAUUGGUUGUGAAGUAGAGUUUCCUCUGGAUGCCAUAGCUUGUAUUUUUGAUUGUUUAACGGAGGCAUGUGUAAUGUCUGAAGCGAUGGUGAACGAAAUGAGUCGAAUGGCUUACGAAAUAGGCGCAGGAUCAAAUGCACAGGGAAACGGGGCGUCUCCGGAAGAUGUCAACAUAAUUCCCCCCAAGUAUCGACAUAUUCCUGUGCCAGGAAGCAAAGAUAGAUACGAAACGUAUUUGACGCUCGCUUUCGAGGCAGCUAUUCUAGCUUUGAGCAAACAACGCAUUAUGCCGCAUGGAUUAUAUGCGCAACAUGUCAUAUGCAAGCAGCAAGAUCAACUGAUAUCCCGGUUGAGAAACAUAGAUUUGGAUCAAAUGCUUAUUGACGUACUCAAAAAUCUGAGUCUCCGACUUCUCGAAGGUGGUCCCACCAGUGGCCUUGGCGAAACAAUUCAUCCAGAGUCGGUGCCCAUGCAUACUCUAGCAAGAUUUUUGUUUGCCUCCUUACUUAAUCAGUAUCCUGAUUUGGCUUUCAAUAUUGGGCUGCGAGCGAUGCGAUUCCCAAUACUGGAAAAUGUUAGCGAAGGUUCCAUCAACGGUAUCGAAAUGCAGCAUAACAAUUUUAUCCACUCACCGUACCCACGCUGGUGGACGCUAGGCCAUCUUGAAACUCAACAGUGCUCACUUAGUUCCACAAUGCUGAGCGCAGCGAAGGGUGAUACGAAACGUUUGUCUGCAGUUCUUGAAAAUGCUAGACGAAAUAUACAUAGUUCUUCCCAUCUGUUCAAAUUGGCCCAAGAUGCUUUUCGAUUCGCUACUCCUGAGAAUGGUCAACGCAGUCAAACUUUACUUGGCGUUGCUUUUGAGCUAGGUUUACAAGUAAUGCGAAUGACUCUGACCUGUUUGAACUGGCGCCGGAGAGAAAUGGUUCGUUGGCUCGUGACAUGUGCCUCACAUGUAGGCCUAGAAGCACUCAUGUCAAUUAUGCAAAACUGGUAUCAUCUCUUCACGCCAACUGAGGCAACAGGACCAGUUGCGACCACAAUUAUGUCACACUCUACUAUCAUGAGACUGAACCUCAACUUCCGGCAACAGGAUGAACUAUCAAAUUGCGCAAGAACGUUAGCUCUGCAGUGUGCUACCAAAGAUCCCCCUAAUUGUGCUUUGAAUGCUCUAACCCUCUGCGAAAAUGAUGCUAUGGCGUUCGAAACUGCAUACCAUAUUGUUAUAGACGCCGCGACGCAUAUUAUGACGUCUAGCCAAUUGUUUACUAUUGCCAGAUACAUGGAACAUAGAGGCUACCCAUCAAGAGCCUAUAACUUAGCAAUGCUAGCUAUGAAAAAUGUGCAAUUGGCGUAUAACCAAGACACACAUCCAGCAAUAAAUGAUAUCCAUUGGGCAUGUGCUUUAUCUCAUUCGUUAGGAAAGACGGAACUUUCCAAAAUGAUUCCAUUGGUUAUCAAAAAUGUACAGUGUGCCACCGUAUUGUCGGAUAUUUUACGACGCUGCAGUGUACCAACACCUGGUAUGCAUAGUUUCAACGCACAUGGUAGAGGAAAUACCAUGCGGCAGUGCAUGAAACUGAGUUACGAUAGAGAACCACUUAAUCAACUUCUCGAAGCUGCCGUAUCCGCUUAUGUGAACACCACACACUCACGGUUAUCGCAUAUAUCUCCCAGACACUACAGCGAUUUUAUAGAUUUCCUUAGUAAAGCACGAGAUACGUUUAUGCUUGCUCGUGAUGGUCCGGCCCAUUUCUCACGACUCAUUGAGAAUAUUACCAUUGCAUAUAAGGGUAAGAAGAAGUUGGUCCGACAAGUGAGACAACGUUUUCAGUUUGUUUAAGAAUUGGUUCCAAAGAAACAGCAGGCAUCCCACAUGCCAAGUGUACUACACCCAAAAGACACGUGAGGCAGUACUGGUAUAAGACAAAUUGAUCUUUUCAUAGAUAGAAUAACAAAUUUCCAUAUGUUCUGUUUAGUUAGUUCUAUCAUUGAAUAUACAUAAUUUUUGCAUAUUUUCACCUUUUGUAAUGAUAAACAGUAUUACGAAAUGUUCUUCCAUUUUUGUUUAUGUAUCAUAUUUUGUUGCAGUUAAUUGUUUGAAUAUUAGUAUAUUCCAAUAUUCGUUUCUUUUCCUCAGACGAAUUUGUUACGAAUUCCAGCUUAAUGUUUACUAUUUUAUUAGCUACAUGUAAAACGUGCAAAAAGCUAACGAAAUUAGUUUAAAUCCAUGGCACACAUGAACGAAAUUAUGUUAAAAUACCAUUUUUCCAAAAGUGAACAGAUACUCUGUUCCGAUUAGAAUACAAAAAUGCUUAGAAUAUGACUUCCAAUUUGUGAAUAAAAGAUAAAAGAAGUGAAUACUAGAUUAAAUACAAACUACUUCUCAAUAAUGAUCAUAUAAACGACUAGUUACAACAUCAAACAGCUUAUAAAAUUUGAAAUAAAAUAUAAUGAAUUAUAAAUAUAACUACUUACUACCUUUAGUAACAUACGAAAAAUAAAAUAUAUGCAAGACAUAUUCGAACUGAUCUAGGCAUAAUCCUAAUAGGUACAACCAGUAUGUAUAGUAAAUUAUAACCGAACUAGUAUCUCCACCAUUCUCUAGUUUACUAAAUGAUACCUUACACACGUUGUUUUAGUUUAAUUUAUUUUUUUUGUAAUUUUCAUCAGUAAUCCCUGUGCCACCAAAUCUGUGCCGAACAAAUAACUCAGAUUUCAGUUCGAAUAAAUUAUUCAAACUAUUACAUAGUAUAAUUUCAGACGUUUGGUUUGAAACAUCUUCAAUAUUCAAUGAUUAUUAGGUAAAUUUACAAAGUGAAUCAAACUUUAUUUAGAUUAGCACACUUCAGUGCUGAUGAUACGCUAGAUAUAUAUAGCAAAACGUUAAAUAAAAAUAUACAAAAUAUCUACACUCGUAAGUGUAUAUAAAACCUAUCAAACAAAUUAUAACACAAAUGUGUUUAAUAUGGGACAAAUAUUUCUAUGCUGAAACUACUCACUAGCAUAUUGCAUCAUACAUUGUAUGGAAAUAUUUACUGCCAAAACAAACAGAAUCAAAUAAGAUCAUAAAAAUUAGACCACAAUGAACAUAUAAUUUGUCCUUAUCAAUGUCAGUUUUACAAAAUAAGCCCAGUGUUGUUUAUGACUGACAAAAAAUCACCGCUCGUUUAGAAGUCGCCAUAUUCUGUGAAGGUCAACAAUCAGUUCGACAUCCGUUUACAUUGGUAGAGCAGUAUGACAGAUACCAUAUUCCCAAGUUCGAUGAAGGCGGCUGAUUGUCAAACGGACAAGCUCAAGCCGUGUACAACGGAGGUAAAAUACUCGAAAAUUCAGUUGACUUGUGUUUAUCGAAACCUUUUUUUCCUCCAGAAUAUUGCAAGAAAAUAGGUUACAUAGAAAGGUUUGUAAAAGGAACGACAAAUAUAGGCUCUCGUAUUGGGCAUAACAUUCAGCAUUUAAAUGUAUUUAAUCCUGUCUGAAAUGUAUAUUGUUUCCAAAAAAAAGCUAUCGAUCCAAAUAUAUGUUCGAUGAUACAAUAACAGUAGCUAUAAAUAAAAUUAGUGAAAAUAGAAAUUCUUAAGAGCUAUCGGUAGUAACGGAUAUCCUUUCUCUUAUAUAUUGGGAUGUAAGUUUAUCUCAGGUAUUGCAAAGUUUGAUUAACAAAUGGAUGACAAACUAGAUAAAAUAAAACUUGCAUUUUAACAGCAAAUAAACCUAUCAAUGAAUAAGCAAAUAUAUAAUUAUAACAAAUUGGUA